UGCGGCCUGAAUUCCAGUCCUCAGGAACAUAAUCAAUUUUAGACGCUUUACCAUCGAAGUCCUAAACUAAACUCAUCAUUACAAGGUCAUAGCGUGUAAGAAACCACCGAGUCAAUCCUAACUGCCUACUAUCAAAAUAACUCGAAUACCGUGUGAAACAGCCCAAUAUUAUUAGUUUGACCUGCAAGUGGACGGUAGUAUGGUCCAUUGUGAUGGCGGAGACACCCCGAGCGGCCAUGCGCGUGUUGCGUGUCACCGGCGCUGUGGAGUACAUGCGUGCGUGGGAGGUGCAGCAGAGGCUCGCUCAGCUGCUCGCCGCGGCCGCCAGCGCUGGCCAGCGUCCUGUCCAUUCCGUGAUCCUCCUCCAGCAUUCACCAGUUUACACCGUGGGUCUGCGGUCUGCCGCGUACAGCAAAGAAGAAGAAGCGCGGCUGCGUAGCACGGGUGCGCAAUUCGUGCGCAGCAACCGCGGCGGCUUGAUUACAUUUCACGGACCCGGCCAGCUCACCGUGUAUCCUAUUCUUCAUCUGCCUCAUAUGCAGCGCUCAAUUAAAUGGUACGUGUGUGCACUGGAGCGAACUGUGAUCCGAACUUGCCGGACGUUCGGCAUAUCCGCCUUCACUACUCCCGACACCGGCGUCUGGGUGAGCGACUCCGCCAAGAUAUGUGCUCUCGGCAUCCACGGACGCCGCGUCACCACUCACGGCUUGGCUCUGAAUUGCAAUACCGACCUGACGUGGUUCACAAAAAUCGUCCCAUGCGGUCUCACGGGGAAGACCGUCACGUCCAUGUCACACGAGCUCGGCAGGGACGUGACGGUUAAUGAAGUCGAGACGCCCUUUCUGCGCGCCUUCAGUGAGGUUUUCGAGUGCAAUUUUGUCGAAGAAAAGACCUACACCGCUCAACAGUUUGAGAAACUUGCUGACGAAUGUGACAUCAACAACCAAGAGGAUGGCAGCCAAUAAGCCCGGGCUAUUUACCCUUAACCGCAUGCGAGUUACAAGCAACGAUUUAAAUAGAAUGAAUAUGGAUUCAGAACUUCAUUUAAAAGUCCGAUAUUGCCUUGACCUGUACAGAAAUUACAAUACUGUGCAUGGAAAUAAAAAAGGAAUUUGCAAGUUUUUCAUUGGUCGCAAUUCACGAGUAACAGAUAUGGCUGAGUUUCUAUCAUACGAUUUUCUCAAAAGUUAUGUGAAAAGAACGGAGCAUAACUAUGAACUUCGGCUUAAAUGAGAAGUAUGUCGUAUAAUCGAAUUAUAUAAAUAGAUAACUUCCAAAUUUCUAUUAAUAGGAUUCUACUUAUAAGAAAAAAUCUGUAAAUAUUGUUUAUGGAAAAUAAAAUGAUUUACUAUCAA